AUGUUUUGUGCGACGUUUAAACGAAAUGUUGGCAUAAUUCUUAGCGGCCAUGGACUAGUUGGACUCAAAUUCAACUGUGUAACUUUUUCAAGAACUUGUCAAAUUAGUUCUCGAUAUUUACAGUAAGUGAAUAAGACUAUAAAGGCUUCUGUACUUAGGGCUAUUUCUAGUAAGGAACAGUCAUGAAAAUUAUCGUGAUAAUUUUGUGUAUAAUUCUGAAUUUGACUUUAUGUUUGUGUGAAAAUGAUCAAUGUAGCGAAACGAGCUGUGACUUGAAGAAUUUAUACAAGAACGACAAAAGGAUUCGACUCAAUGAUGGCAAUUAUAUUCCAACGUUUGGUCUAGGUGUGUGGAAGAUACCUAACGGCCUAGACACAAUAAACGCAGUCACUUGGGCUCUGAAUUCCGGCUAUCGGCAAAUCGAUACCGCGGCACGAUACGGGAACGAGGAAAGCGUUGGUCAGGCUCUAAGCGCUUCAGAAAUACCAAGAGAGGAGAUUUAUGUCGCAACGAAGCUAUAUGAUGACAGCCAUGGUUAUAAUGAAACACUAGAAGCAUUUCACAAAAGUUUAAAACGUUUGGGGUUAGAUUACAUUGAUUUGUAUUUAAUUCAUUCACCCAUGAACGGCAAAAUUUUACCCACAUGGGAAGCUAUGAUUGAGCUUAAAGACAAGAAACUUGUGAGGUAAGAUUGAAGUGAACUUCCAUAAUAUUUAAAGACACUUCGUUUAGUAAAGCAUAAAACGGAUUUUUAAUCAAACUCUUGUCAUGAUAGAUAUCGUUUCUAUAAUUAUAUUAUAACAAUUAUAAUGCUAAUUUUUCUAAUUAUUGAUUAUUGAAUAUAUGCAUGACCAAUAUAUUUAAUUUGCGUCUAAAUUUGGUUACUUAGUUACCAAAACAGCAUAGUCCAUAAUUAUUCAUUAUUUGGACAACUAUAAGAUAGCACUGUAUAGAACUGCUUAGUUCUUUAAUAGUCUCUUUUAUUUUUGGCUACUUUGAUUCAUCAACUUAAGUUAUCCUGGAUGUAUAAAACAAGAUUUAUUAAAUUCUAUUUACACUACACAACAUUUCCUUAAAACUGUGGGAUGCAACCUGCUUACAACUUGAGUUGUACUGUGUAAAUCAAGCACACAACUCACCUACGUUGUACACAACUCACUUACAACAACACAGCAAGUUGUAUGCUUGAUUUACACAAUACAACUCAAGUUGUAAGCAGGUUGCAUGCGACAGUUUUAAGCAGACGUCUGCCUUUAAAGAAUGAGCCACUACAUGAAUUGAUGCAAUGAUAUAAUAUAAAAUUCAGCAGCAUUUUCUUUAUUAAUCAUUUAGAUCAAUUGGUGUUUCAAAUUUUGGCAUCCAUCAUUUAACAGAAUUACAUAAAACCUUCGACGUUAUACCAGCGGUUAACCAGAUUGAAGUGCACCCGUUUCUACAGGAAAUACCUUUGGUAAAAUAUUGCGAAGAAAAUAACAUCAUGAUCCAAGCGUAUUCCCCGCUUGCUAACGGCCAGAAACUGGACGAAAAGAGUUUGAGAAUGUUGGCCAGGAAAUACCAGCGAAGUCCCGCUGUGGUUCUGAUAAGAUGGUGUUUGGAAAAGGGUUACGUGUGCAUUCCGAAGAGCAGUAAUAAGCACCGCAUUGAGGAAAAUAUAACUGCUUUUGAGUUCGUAUUGGAGAAGGAAGACGUGGACUUUUUGGACAGCUUAGACGAAGGAUUUCGUACUUGUCAUGAGAAAAUCAAACUGCCUUGGACGGGCUGA